AACAUGGCUGCCACACGAGCUCUCCUUCUGGUGGUGAUCGGCGUCGCGGCGGUUUGCUUACUGGCGACAGCUGCUCCCGCCGAGGAAACAAGGCCGGCGGAGGCGAGUGGCCCAGCCCUGGCCGCAGCGGCACCGCCACAGACAGCGGGCAAGACACAGGAAAGCGACAAGUCGAAAGAAAGCGACGAGGACAAGAAGACGAGGAGAGCAGCUGACGACGAUGGUGAUGAUGACGAUGACAGGAGAAAGAGGAGAGCAGCGGGCGACGAUGAUGAUGAUGAUGACGAUGACAGGAGAAAGAGGAGAGCAGCGGGCGACGAUGAUGAUGAUGACGAUGACAGGAGAAAGAGGAGAGCAGCGGGCGACGAUGAUGAUGAUGAUGACGAUGACAGGAGAAAGAGGGAGGCGGCUCCCGUGAAACCCGGCGACGAUGACGACAACGACAGGAGGAAGAGGAGUUGGUCGGCAGAGAGCGCCGAGGACCUCUCCGACUCCAGGGACCUCGACGACAGUGACGAAGGUGGUGCCAGGAAGAGGCGGGCAGCGGCCUCUGACGAUUCGGAUUCAGACUCCGAUUCUGACGACAGAGACUAGGACGCCGCCAUGACGGACCACGCUAUCACCACCACCACCACCACCACCUCAUCAUCCCAUGCCACGCCUACUGAAUCUCAUCAUAUGACGUCCCAGCAAACAACUGGUCACAAGGACUGAGAAGAAACAAUUCAUUAGAACUUGUUUACUAUUU